UAUAGGCAAUAGGAGGCAUAUCUAUGGCUGUACCGGCUGUACAUGGCUGUAUCUAUGUGUUGAUCUUUGAUAUAUUACCUAUCAAUAUUGAUGCGUUGCCUUGGAAAUAAAACUACCUACUCCUAUUCUACCUACCUACAAACCUACCCCUGCUCUAUUUGAAUAUCACAUGAAGUUGUCAUGAAGUAUUAUUUUUUUAAUAAAAAACGUAAACAGUCUCUUCUGUUAGAAAUUAUUAAAUUAAAUAUAAUUUUGUGAUAAUGGAAGACAUAAAAGAUGACGCUAUACACCACACAGCCAUGAAACUUGCUGAAGAAAUAAAGAAUCUUUCAAUAUAUAAAUCAUUUUAUAGCGAUGUACAAAAACUGGUUUCUUCACCGAAUGUUAAAAAAGAAGACUUCAAGCAAACAUUACAACAGGCUAUGAAGGAAAAAGGUUUGGACACGAAGCUUAGGAAUACAGUUUUCCAUUGGGUCAGAACACAAAAUAAGAAUAAACUAGAUCCGCUAACGUCGUUAUCAAAAGCCAGUGCUCAAUGGGAGAAAAGGAUUCACAAAUCAUUAAAUUCGAUGUGUUCAGAUUUAGAAACUUCGCUAGCUAAAAUACGGCCGCAGGCAGAACAAGAGGAGCUUGCAGAAAAAUGGCAUGAACUUAGCACUUACAGCUUAGGUAAUUCAGAUUUAUCAAAAUAUAGACCAGUGUACGCACCAAAAGACUUUUUAGAUGUUUUACUCACGUUAUCUGGAUAUGUACCGUUUACGAGGGAGGAUGAACCUAAAUGGGAAUUCGCGCAUCUACCUCUACAAGUAAAAAAUUUGGACCAAUUGCGAAAAACAUACGUAGAAUGGGCAAACGGCGAGCCAUUACUGGGAGUCAAUCCAAACAUGCCAAGUACGGUGUCAGGGUUUGCGACCCUUGAGGCGGAGAGGAUAGGGCUCGGCGAGAGAGUGGCAGCUUUGGGCUAUGCGCCGGUCAUACAGGAGUAUCUAAAGAAGGGCAGUCCACAAUGCUUGAGGGCUAGACUUUGGUCACAGGUUUUAGGAGCCGAGGUUAAACAACAGCAAACAACGUACUUCAACCAACUCAAAAAAAGCGUUUUAGAAGUGGAUUUGAUGAUCGACAAAUUAAUAUUCAAAGAUGUGCAGUUGACAGCUUCUAAUGACGACCAAUAUUUCGUAUUCGAAGAUUUACUUUAUCAGGUGAUGUUGUGCUUUUCUCGCGACUCUGAGGUGUUGAGUGCUGUGCGGUCGCUGGCAGGCGCGGCUCUGACGGUGGCCGUGAAGGGACGCCACGGGCCCGAGUGUCUUACUGCCUUCCCGCCUAGCGGGGUCAUACCAUUCCACGGGUUUACUAUGUAUGCAACUCCGUUUUGUUACUUAUACGACGAACCAGUUCAGCUUUACUAUAUAUUCCGCGCUUUCUAUAUGCGCUAUUGGCAUCGGCUACAUUAUAUCUCCACACAUCCACAGGGUAUUGUAUCACUUUGUCUUCUUUAUGAGAGACUGCUUGAAGCCAACGAACCCCUACUGUGGAUACAUUUCAGGAAUAUCAAUAUCAAUCCCAUUCGCGUUGUAUUUAAGUGGCUGAUGCGAGCGUUCAGUGGCCACCUUCCGCCGGACCAACUCUUACUUCUUUGGGACGCGAUCCUCGGCUACGAUUGUCUGGAGAUCCUCCCGCUCCUGGCGCUCGCGAUACUGAGUUUUAGAAAAGAGAACAUAUUUCAAGUGAACACUUUACAGAAUGUUGACGCCGUGUUGGCGGAUUUGUCUACGAUUUCCGUUAUACCGUUGUUGCAGUUGGCACUAAUGAAACCGUAACUCAUCAAGAAACUGUUUUGUGUUACGGCUAUGUUUGUAUCAGUCCUAUUAUAAUACCCUCUCCGCGGGAAGCAGUUAUUAUAGCCCUCUCUCUCUCUCUCUCUUUGCUACAUAAUCCCAUACUAAUGACAGAGACGAAAAUUUCAGUGGGCGUUAACCAUUUUGAG